GAAAAAUUUUUAUUGAUAAUGAAAUUCGGCAUGGGGUCGUAAGGCCAAAACAUCCUCAGCGACGCUUUUGCUGUAUAGUGUCUUUCCGACCUUCCACAAGCGCGCUUCAGUGUGGCACUGAACGUAACUGUUUGAGAAGAUCUUUAAUUGUGAUAUAUCGACAUGAAGGAAUCCAAGGAACAGAACAAUACUAAUAACAAAAUGGAAAAGCGAUCUAUAAGAUGGGCCCUUGUCCUUUUUUACGUUUAUCUUCAUGUUCUUGGUAUUAUCGGAAUGUAUUUUUUAUUUACCAGAGCGAAAUGGAUGACGGUAUUUUACUUUUUAUUCCUCGUCAUCAUUUCAUUAAUAGGAUUAACAGCGGGUGCACAUCGAUUAUAUGCGCAUCGAACUUUUGUCGCAACAUGGCAACUUAAACUCUUCAUUAUGCUAUCACAUACUCUUGCAGGCGUGGGUCCGAUACACGACAGUGUGUUUUGGCAUAGAAUGUCUCACAGAUAUUAUUGUACCGAAAGAGAUCCGUAUAAUCAUAAAAAAGGAUUUCUUUAUUCUCAUUUCAUUAGCAAUCUUUUAUCAGCACCUUCUGACAUAAAAACGUAUGCAAGAGACAUUGACAUGCGCGAUAUAGAAGAAGAUGGAUACGUCUGGACACAACAAAAGUUUUAUUGGAUACUCUUCAUUGUAUUUGGACUAUUACUACCUAUGAACGUGCCUAUUGAAUACUGGAAUGAAUCGAUGACUUACUCUUUUCUGAUCAUUGGGGCAGCACGACUGAUGAUAACUACGAAUAUUGCCUGGCUUGUAAACAGCGCCUUGCUGAUUUGGGGUCUAGAAAGAGGAGCUAAAUUUCCGGUCGACGAUAACUCUGUUUUCUUUGUAUCAAAGUCCUACUGGUUAAAUUAUCACUAUAUACUUGCGUGGGAUUUUAAAAGUGAUGAAUUUGGUAAUUACAACACGGGUUUCGUAACAUUCAUCGUCAAGAUGUGGCACGAACUCGGAUUCAUCAAUGAGAUGAAAACCGCCACCAGCAACGACGUGCGAGACGCUCUUUGCAAGAUGGCCACGUCGGAGACGACGUUAAAAGAAGCUCUGGCAGAAAUGCAAACAAACGCGGAAGCAGUUGCUUAUAAACAGAAGCUAAUGUAUCACCACUAGAGAUAUGAAUUUACAAGCGUUUCGCAAAUUAAUAUAGAUUGAUAUGUAAUUGGGAUUUUUUCGUAAAUUUCAAUUAAAAUAGUAAAAAUUUUAUACCUUUUUUUUUGCAACAACUUAGCAAUGGUGGAGAUAGCAAUGAUAGUCAUUUUGAUGUAAUUUGACGUCAAAAUAACUACUUUUUUGUUACCUGGGGAUGUACACAAAACAUCUUAUUAAAAUUAUGAAACACCAUAAAAUGUAUAAUUUAUAUACAUCACAAUCCGCCCGUAAUAUAUUAUUUCUGAAAUAAAAUAUACAGAAUGACAUCCAUUAAAAAAUAAAUUUGUUGACUAAUAAAAAGAUUAAUCAUUAAAUUUAAAUAUCGAAUAAUCACUGUAUUUUCAACGUCAUAGAAUAUCUACAUUGCUGCAACUGACGAUGUAUAACGAUGUUAAAUAAAAAGACACAAAAAGUAACAUGCAAUGUGUCUCUUUUUACUUAAAAAUAUACUUUUAUUAAACAUUUUAUUUUAAUUAUUAAUAUCAGAAUUCAAUGUGUAUAAUACAAUACAAUAAAAUCGUGCGAUUUUCUUACACUUAACAAUAAUGAUAAUAUCAAUAAUUUUGUGUCCUUGGCGACACAAUCGCGACAAUCGCUUUUCGUAUUUGUUAUACUGGACGAAUAAGUAGUUAUACCGUGAUUUAAAUACCAAGAACUAAAAAUAAUAUAAAAACUAUUAUAAGAAGUUUUGGUAAACCGGACAUAGAAAUUUGUAAUAUCAACUUUAAGACAAAUGCACUAACCAGUAUCAGAGUGAUCGUCACGAAAUAUUAAUUUAUAGUAGAAAUCCUCUAUGCUGUCUCUUACUACGUUUUUGAUUCUCCGCGUUACUUUAGAUUAGUAAUUUGGAAUUCGAAAGGGUAGAAUUGCGUUCCAUAAAGAAUGACAAUAUAAUGAAAGAAAAAGAACUAAAACUCCUUUCUUGCGUUGUUCUCAUUAUAGGUUUUUCGCAUGAUCAUGUGUAGAAUAAGAAAAAGAAUGCAACGACAAAAAAUAACGACAUUAUCAUUCUGCACGUCAUUAGAAUAAAGUAACUAAAAAAAAAAAAAAAAAAAUCCUAGAAUAGCGGAGAGACUCUCGGUGAAUUUCCAGAAUAGAGGAGUUCAAUUGUAAAAAAUUACAUAAGAAUGCUAUAAUUAACGAAACAUUCAAUCAGUUUCUUUGACGAGUAUGGCACCACAAAACCAUGAAACGCUCUGCGUUUCCAUAUAUACGAUUUUGUGUAAAAAAAUAAAUAAAAUUUAUUUUAUAUCAAUAAAUUCGACUUUAUAUUGAGAAGACUUCAAUUUUUAUCUCGUCUUAUUUCAUAUUUUUAUAUUAUUGACACUAUAACAAUUAGUUUUUGAAUUUUAUAGUAAUUUCUUGAAUUUUAUCAAUUGUCUCAAUUGAUAUCAAAAAAACAAUAUGUAUCUUAUUGUUAGUAUAAACGUCAUUAUACGUAUCAUUAAGUCGCAAAUUACAUAAAUACGCAAUCCUCUAUAUUAUCAAUGCAUAAAUUUUUAUAUUCACAAAUUUCUUUUUCUUUUUCAAACACAAAUAAUUUAUUUAUUGUAUAAAUCAAUUAUGUCGCAUCUUCAUUGGGGUAUAUAAACUAAUGUAAUAAGUGCGAAACAGUACUAAAUGAAAAAAAAAAAAAAAAAACGAUAAAAACAUCACAAUACAUUUAAUGUGUAAUGUGUAAAAAAACAAACAAUGUCUUAUUGUAUCACAAAUAAAAACUCAGAAAAUUUCUAUACCUAUAACGUGCGUUAUUAAAAGAAAAAAAAA